AUGGGAACAGGAAAAGGUAAGAAGGAUCCAGCAUCAGCAAAGAAGGCCAGCAACAGCAGCAAGGUGGUGUUUAAGCCUGCGCAGCUGCACAGAAUACUCAGAGACAAGACAAAGAUGAGAGUUUCGCACAAGGCCAUUGUGGCCAUUGCUGCUCUCCUUGAGUACGUGCUUGGAGAAAUAAUUGAAGCAGCAAAACUCAUUUGUGACGAGGAAAACAAAAGAAAGAUUGUUUCAAAGUACAUUUCCCUCGCCAUUAGAAAGGACGACGAGCUGAACAACCUAGGAAAGCACUGGCUCAUUAAGGAGGGAGGAGUCUGCCCAACCUCGCAGAUGGAGACAAAGUCCAAAGGCGACAAAUCAAAGGCAGCAGCCACACAAGAGCUGUAA